CUUUGGAUGAUUUGGCAGCCAACAAGAGCAAUGAACUACAUUUCUCAGUCUGCAUUUCUAGGAGAAUUCUGGGAAGUGUGGCAGAGGCAGCCAUGGUCUAGGGAAGGGAAGUCCAAUGUCCCAAGAACAUUUGGAAUUUCCUGGUUUCUGCUGUUGCUGAGGCCUAGGAAGGUGCUCCCCAACAUAAUUCAGAGACCUGACAAUGUGGAAUUGUGGAAUUGCUUGCUGGAGAAAAUCUUUUUUGUGCUAUAGGCUGAUGUCAACCUAUGUCACUAAAACCCGGUAUUUGUUUGAACUGAAGGAAGAUGAUGACGCAUGUAAAAAAGCCCACCAGACGGGAGCAUUUUACCUCUUUCAUAGCCUGGCUCCUUUGCUUCAGAAAUCAGACCAUCAAUAUCUGGCCCCCCAGCAUAGUCUAUUAGAGUUGGAAGGUCUCCUGGGUAAGUUUGGACAGGACACACAAAGAAUAGAAGAUUCUGUGCUGAUUGGAUGCUCUGAACAGCAUGAAGCAUGGUUUGCUUUGGAUCUAGGUCUAACUAGCUCCUUUUCCAUAAAUGCUUCCUUACAGAAACCUGAAAUGGAGAUAGAGCUCAAGGGGUCUUUCAUUGAGCUGAGGAAGGCUUUCUUCCAGAUGAAUGUGAAGGAUGCCUCCUUGCUAUCCAUGGCUCAGGCUCUUCUCCGUUGGCAUGAUGGUCAUCAGUUCUGCAGCAGAAGUGGGCAGCCCACCAAGAAGAAUAUGGCUGGCAGCAAGCGUAUGUGCCCUUCUAACAAGAUCAUCUACUAUCCACAGAUGGCUCCUGUGGUGAUCACUCUGGUGUCAGAUGGGACUCGAUGCCUACUUGCCCGCCAGAGUUCCUUUCCCAAGGGAAUGUAUUCUGCAUUGGCAGGUUUUUGUGAUAUAGGUGAAAGUCUGGAAGAGGCUGUCCGGCAUGAAGUUGCAGAGGAGGUGGGAUUGGAGGUGGAGAGACUGCAGUACUCUGCAUCCCAGCACUGGCCCUUUCCUAAUAGCUCACUUAUGAUUGCUUGUCAUGCAACUGUGAAACCAGGGCAGACAGAGAUUCAGGUGAACUUGAGAGAACUAGAAGCAGCUAGCUGGUUCAGUCAUGAUGAGGUGGCUGCUGCUCUGAGGAGGAACAACCCAUAUACUCAGCAACAGAAUAGGACUUUCCCAUUCUGGCUGCCCCCCAAGUUAGCCAUUGCCCACCAAUUAAUUAAGGAGUGGGUAGAAAAACCAAGCUAUUCUACCCUGCCUGCUUAGCUCAUAUCUAGCCAUUCAGAUCUCACCACAGUAUCCUAGAGGGGCAUUAUGGACGUCAGCUGAUAAAGGGGAGAUGACAAAAGGCCGUAUCCAAGUCAAUCUUUUAAUAA